AAGCAGGAGUGUGUGUGUGAAUGGGCGCACGUGCCCUCUCGGCCCCUCAGAGCAGCCCCCACCCCGGAGCCCCAGGCCCUGGGUCCCCACCCUCCUGUUGCUAUGACAACCAGUUCUGUGAGGACAUGGAGACUAGAAUCGUGAGUGUGCGGUGGGCAGGGAGGGACGCGGACUCGCCGCAUGCGCGCUCCGACAACUUCAUGAUCAUGAGGAAGAAAGAGAACACGUCUUCAUCUUCCUCCCUCAAGGGGACCCAAGAAGCUAGGAGAGCCCCAGGGACGGGAGAUCCCUCCUUUAACUCCUGUGCCGGAUCCUCGACGUCCGUCCACAGCUUCACUGAUGACCUCGGCUACCAAGGGAGCCGGGAGCUGAGCAGCGUUUGCCGAGGAGGAAGGUGCGCGACCUCGGAAACCAUCACACUCACGGAAGAAGAGCCUGGCCUGGCGCCGGCCCGGAGGCAAAAGCGGAGCCUGAGGAAGCACAAGGGGGAGAAGGAUGAGCAGGAGGAGGACGAGGCCGACAGGGGCCCCCCGCCCCGGCGGUCCCGGAGGCCACGGCAGAAGGAGCGCCCCAGCCCCAGUGCCCCGGGGAGCGGCGCCUACAGCCAGAGCCCGGCCUCCCGCUGGAGCCUGGCCGGCUUGCGCCGCUGUCUGUGCGGCUGCUGCUGCGCUCGCUGGUCGGGGCGGGGGUCGGGGUCCGGGGCCCCCCGGCCCGACGGCUAGGCCUCGCGGGGGCUGUGCCCGGGCGAGGCCUGGCCCGGAGCCGGGAGCCCCAGACGGUCAACCUUUGUAAAUAAAGCCCAGUUUCUGUUCGAGGAGGCCGGUGCCAGCCCCUUGACCGCGGGACGGACAGAUGGGACGGUGGUGAGUGGAUCGGGGGGGGACACGCACCCGCUUUCCUCCUCCUGUCCUCUCUGGGCGCUUGAGCACCUUUCCAGCUGCGUCGGAAUCUCUGUCCCUAGAGCGAGGCCUGGGGUGGGGGGGCUGCGGCUUGGAGAGGGAAAGAGCCAAAGGCGAGGCCUGGGGGCGCGUUCGUCAGCCCCCCACCCCCUCCAGAGUUCGGCUGCCACCCAGAUGCUCAGGUCAAGACAAGGCUUGUGGGCUCCUCACUUAGCAAAAGUUGAGAUGGGAACAAAGGCCGCUGGCCGCCUCGCCUGCCGGAACCCGCCUGGCGUCCGCCUCAGCGAGGGGCAGAGGGGCCUCGCCCUCCAGGACCUCCUUCGGGCCCUGCCCCUGGCUGGCUGGGAGGGCGGCCCGUGGGGACAAGUGGAGACGUGCAGCCGUCCUAGCUGGGGCUCCCGCAGGUUGCUGAGGCUGAGGGCCCCGCGGGGAAGGGCGGUGAGGACACAGGACCCGCCGGGAGAAAGGCUGAGUGGGCUGUGGCCUC